AUGCCACCCGCUAAACGCAAACUGACCAAUAUGGCUGUAAAGAAACGCGAAAGUAAUAGUGAUGACUCUUCGGAAUACACCACAGAUACCGAAGACAUUUGCUCUGACAGCGAAUAUGAGUCAUCCUCAUCCGAUGAUGACAAGGAAUAUUACUCGUCUACUGGGGAUGAGGAUGAGUAUGAUGAUGAUGAUGACAACCAUCCUGUGAAGGCGACCAAAAAGUCAGCCGUCAAAACAAUGCCAAAGCGUUGCACAGACAAAAAAGCAACAAAAGGCCGCACCGUGAAUACAAAGACUCGUCGGAAUGCGCGGAAACCAGUAAAAAAGCCCGCCAAGCGAGCCCCAGUGAAGCGCAAGCCAAUGUGCACCGAAACCUCCACGGAUUCUGACGACUAUAGUGUCCAAUUGGUCCAACCAACUCCGAAACGGACAGCAAGAGGAAGACCCAAGAAAGAGCCCAAGAAGACCAUGACUCCUGUCCAAAAACGCUUGCCAGCAAAACCCGCUGGUGCCCCGCGUCAAUCCAAGAAGGGACAAAUGACAUCAUCGACAUGGUCGAUACCGUCGAAACCGUCGAUAGUGGCGAAGCCGAACUCACCAACGAAGCCGAAGCCGAAGCUGAAGCCAAAGAAGCAGAUAACAGAGCCAAAAACGGUCACGCUGAAAGAAAAUAAAUCGAUAACGAAACCGAUAACUACAAACCCGAAAGAAACGAUACCGACUGAACUGCCGAAGGAUAAGACCGGAGAACAGAAGGAUGCGAAACCAGUGAAUAAAUUGAGAUUCCGCUUCUACCCAUGGAACCAGUCAAAUCAGAAGGACGCUACGCUUACCAACGAACCCGACCUGACAGUAUCGAUGCCAGAAACAGCUAAGCUUGGAAACCCAGACGAAAACAUGCCGACUAAGCCAGAAGAACAGAAUCCACAGAAACCUGACGAAAAGCAUCCGGAUGUGGCUGAUGAUAUCAAGAUAUGGCAUCGAAAAGACGAGUAA